CCCACCAAGAGACGCCCGGCGUGGACGCACCGCCCGCAGUCGGCCACGGUACACCUGUGUCACCACGCGCCCCGAGCCGCGCGAUAGGAGAGGCGUCAGACAGCGCAGUCGGCAUGUCGAUCUCGGCUCCUCUCCAUCCAUGGCUCCAUCACGCCUGUCGUCGCCGGCGAACUGCCCGCGACCCCUUCUCAUCGGACGGCAGUGCAUCGGCUGCUGCAAGGACCAAAGGCGCUGGCCACUGAGUGCCGCAUCCCUUCCUUUCUGCCCUUCCUUUUCGUCGUCGUUUUUGUAAAUAAAGAUAUUGGCAGCGAGCAAUUGCAGCCUUCAAGCACGCCGUCAACAUGGGUUUCGAGUUCCCCCCCGCCCUAGUGCCAGCACCGCGCCCUCACGGCUUCGUAGAGCAGGACUAUCUCAUCGGCGUGCGCGGUCUUCUUGCUGUUCAGUCAUUCCUUUGGGUCUUCCUCACGACCUUCGUUCCUGCCACUGUUGCGAAUGCGGCCAAUUCAGACGGCCCUCUCUACCAAAAAAUCAUCCGCAAGACCUUCUCCGUGCUGUUCUGGAACGAUGCUCUCAUCUACUCAACCUUCAUCUUCCUGUCCGCACGAACGCUGUGUCUGCCUUUCCUCAAGGACGGGUCCCGCCAAACCAUCGCGAGCUCCGUCUUCCGCCGCGGCCUGCGCAUGUGGUUUCCCACCGCCGUAUCCUUCGCCCUCGCAACCCUCAUUUUCUCGCAGUCCGGCGUGGCCUACAUCGACGACUUCAAGACCCGCACCGGCAAUGUUUCCAUUGCAACCCCCCGCCAGAUCCCCAGCUUCCUCAACUGGUUCAACUCCAUGUUCGACGUCUUCUGGGUGACCAAGUUCACCAACCUGCAAGCUGCCAACACGGCCUUUCCCUCGCAGACCUUGUGGACGAUCACCACUAUCUACGAGCAAAGCUUCACCAUCUAUAUGAGCAUGGUCAUCAUUCCCUACACUCGCCGUUCGUGGCGUGUCAAGGCAUUUGGCGCCUUCGUCAUCACCGCCUGGUGGGUCCAGUCGUGGGCCUGGUACAGCAUAGCCGGCCUUUUCAUGGCUGACGCGGUUGUCAACAUGUCUUUCCGCGAGAAAGCCCGCCGCGGCAUCAAGGUGGCGCGUUUCACCUUCCCUACAUGGCCAAUCUACGGCUUUUUCAUCCUUGCUGGGUACAUCAUGGAGUACCUAUGGGUUGCGUGGCGGCCGGACCUUCGAAGUGCCGAGCUGAAGGGGCAUACCGGCCUCUACAAUGCCGGCUCAUUGAACGCGGGCUUUGAUACCAAAGGUCCUCAAGCACGUGACGACAACUUCUUGAUUAUCAUUGGCUUCUUCUUGUGUCUGGAGCAUUUCGAGGUCUUGCAGCGGAUAUUCAGAAUGUCGGUGUUCCAGUACUUGGGCAAGAGGUCGUUCAGCUUCUUCCUGAUGCAAAGCAUCAUCAUCUACACCGCAGGCAUCAAGAUGUUCGCCGAGCUCCACUUCGCCCACAGUAUUGCCUUCUCGGCAUCGACGUUCCUUUGCCUGGUGGUAUGUAUCCCACUCGUCGCGCUGACCACGGAGGUGUUUUACCGCUUGGUGGAUUAUCCAUCGACCGUGUUGGCGCAUUUGGUGUUUGACUGGAUCCGCACGUAAAAUUAUAUCCCGAACGAUUUCAAGCAAUUUCAGCAGAGAAACAUAGCGUCUUCAAUAAUAAAGAAGACCAGGCGGAGAAAGCACACCUAGGUUUUCGAAGGAAGGGUUUUUCCGUAUCUCAUCGCGUUACUCUUUUCGUCCAAUAGCAAGCGGACUUGUGUAUAUUAUUCAUGGC